UUCCCGGUCGGCACCGAUUUCACAACGUUUGUCUUCUUAGGGCCUCCGUAGAUCUCCGACAUAUUGUUUGUGAGGAGCAAUUUGCUGAAGGAGCGAAGCUUCUGCCCUUUUUGGUCCUUACAGGCCGUCAAAAGCAACUUUUCUAUAAAGACAGCGAGAUGGAGCCGUCAGCGAGUCCAGCGAAGGAUAACUACAGAAUGAACCGCUAUAAGAACAAAGCACUUAAUCUUGAGGAGAUGCGCCGAAGACGAGAAGAGGAGGGUAUUCAGUUGAGGAAACAGAAAAGAGAACAGCAACUGUUUAAAAGGAGAAAUGUGGAGUUGUUGAAUGAGGAGGGGGGCAUGUUUGACAGCCCUCUCAUGGACUCCUAUGUCAGCUCUACCACAAUGCAGGAAGGAGUUAUCACGAGAGACAUGGUGGAAAUGCUCUUUUCAGAUGACCCUGAAUUGCAGCUGGCCACAACGCAGAAAUUCAGAAAACUACUGUCCAAAGAACCAAACCCACCCAUUGAUGAGGUCAUCAGCACACCAGGAGUCGUGAACAGAUUUGUAGAGUUCCUUGAAAAAAGCACUGAUUGCACAUUACAGUUUGAGGCUGCAUGGGCUCUGACCAACAUCGCCUCUGGAACAUCUCAGCAGACGAAAUACGUGAUCGAGGCAGGUGCCGUGCCUGUGUUCAUCCAGCUCCUCAACUCUGAAUUUGAAGACGUCCAGGAACAGGCUGUCUGGGCUCUAGGCAACAUUGCAGGAGACAGUGCUGUAUGCAGGGACUUCGUUCUGAACUGCAAUAUCCUUCCACCACUAUUAAUGCUGCUGACGAAAUCAGCUCGUCUUACGAUGACCAGGAACGCUGUAUGGGCCCUGUCUAAUCUAUGCAGAGGCAAAAGUCCACCACCAGAUUUUGAAAAGGUUUCUCCAUGCCUGCCAGUGCUGUCCCGCCUGCUGUUUAGCAGUGAUCCUGACCUGCUGGCUGAUGCAUGCUGGGCCUUAUCUUACCUCUCAGAUGGACCCAAUGAGAAAAUCCAGGCUGUGAUUGACUCGGGGGUCUGCAGGAGGCUGGUAGAGCUUCUCAUGCACUCAGAUUACAAAGUGGCUUCUCCAGCACUGAGGGCUGUAGGAAACAUAGUCACUGGAGAUGACAUUCAGACACAGGUGGUGCUGAACUGCUCUGCUCUCCCCUGUCUCCUGCACCUGCUCAGCAGUGCCAAGGAGUCCAUCAGGAAGGAGGCGUGCUGGACCAUCUCCAACAUCACAGCAGGAAACCGAGCACAGAUACAGACAGUAAUAGAUGCAAACAUCUUCCCUGUACUGAUCGAAAUCCUCCAGAAAGCAGAGUUCCGCACCAGAAAAGAGGCAGCGUGGGCCAUUACUAAUGCAACAUCAGGAGGCACACCUGAACAGAUCCGGUAUCUGGUGAAUUUGGGCUGCAUUAAGCCCCUGUGUGACCUGUUGACAGUGAUGGACUCUAAGAUUGUGCAGGUAGCUUUGAAUGGACUGGAGAAUAUUCUGAGACUUGGAGAGCAGGAGGCCAAACAGAACGGAAGCGGCAUCAACCCUUACUGCAGUCUCAUAGAGGAGGCCUAUGGCUUGGACAAGAUUGAGUUUCUCCAGAGCCAUGAGAAUCAGGAGAUCUACCAGAAAGCCUUUGAUCUCAUUGAGCACUACUUUGGUGUGGAGGAGGAGGAUGCCAGUCUGGCGCCACAGGUGGAUGAGAACCAGCAGCAGUACCUUUUUCCUCAGCAGGAGGCCCCCAUGGAGGGCUUUCAGCUCUAAUCAACCUUCCAACACUUCAUCAGUCUCCCCUAGAGCAUCCCUAACUUUCCCGUCCCAGUACCUGUACUGCAGGCUGUAUCGGAUCUGCUCACAGCACAGCCAGACAAGCCUGACUGUGGCCCAUGCAGAUUUAUUUAGACACAUAGAGGAAAAAAUGUGCUUCUUGCAGAAGGACAUUACCACUGUUGUCACACAUGGAAGACUUCAGGAACUGGAGCUUUAUUUAAUUUUAUUCUGUCUUUAAUUUGCCCUUUAAACAGUGUGGCUCAGAAACUGCCCCCGCCCCCCCAGGCGAAAGUUGAUGGCAUUACCAAAUUGGUUUGGAAAGGAUGCUUUUUUUUUUUUUUUCCCCCCUCCUUCUUUUGUCUGAAUAUAGCAAUCACUGGGCAUGCAUUCCCAACCCAGCUUGAUUAAAUUUGGUAUUUUUUUUUUUCUUUGCCCAUUUGUGUAAUACCAUAGUUAUACAAUCAAUGCAGUCCAUUAACACACCUUUCAUCAAAUAAUGAAGACAUUUAGAUGCACCUGCAUUCUUCCACUGCUCAUUCUAGUAGCAAAACGAUACUGGUUGUUGUGUAAGCCGUGCUUCUUAGACAUGGCCUUGUACUAUUAUCGGAGAGUGUUUGUCGUUGAAAGAUUUCACACUUUUCAGAGGCUGUAGGGAACAUGCUUUGGUUCUUUUUAGUACUAACUUACUUUGUCAUGCUACACUUGGGUUUGGAAGUUCAAAGAGCUGGAUGGUUGUGCUGAAAUAAUGCAUCAGAAAGUGUUCAAAUACAUGAGGUAGGAUAACUAUAUCCAGGCUAAUGGUGAUACAGAGGCAGAAUAAUUAGAUGUCUAAUGUUUGUGGCGUGUGGUGUUAUGAAUAGUUUUGAAAAACGCUGUGACUUAAUUGCUGCGAAAUGUAAGACUAGCACAGAACCGAGGGACGGGGUUUUCACUAGACUAUAGCCCCAAGUUUUGCAAGUGAGGCUUGGUUGCAUUUUUGUGUAUUUUAGAUACGCACAGACACCCGUUUGGACUGCUUUCAUUAAUUUGAGUUUUGCUUUCUUUGUUGGGACAUAGAUUUAAUAAUUGCUGUGCAAAUAGCUGGUGCAGACAGUGUUAAGAUCUUUGUGUGGCUAGCCCUCAGUUGGUGCAUGUUAGGCUUUUGCAUGGUUUUAUUAUUCUAUCCACUGUCUUGGUGUAUCCCUUGCCAAAACCAGAGGGCUCCCACCCACUGCUAUCACGUAAUGUUGAUUAAUCAGCUACUAUUGACAUUUGCUGCACAGGUAUAGCCUAUAAAUAGGAAAAAAAGGACAAUGGUUUCCCUUUUCACAAAAUUUCCUCACCAGCUUUGGUUGUCAUUCAGUUUAUAAAAGCACCCUGUAACUUUUAUUUAUUUAUUUACUCUUUGUUUACAGUUACUUACAUGAGCAAUAAUUUACAGAUCUUAAAGGUAUGGCAAGGGAUACAUGUCUAAAUCAUGACUAACCUAACGAACAUGUAUAGGCAAAGAAAUAUAUAUAAAUAUUAUGCUAUAUAGUUGCACAACACCUCUUGCACACAUGCAUACAGACAGCAUGCAAUGUACACGUCAUAUACAGAUAAGAACACACAACACAGGGGAAAACGGCUUCCAUAAUUUCUGACUGAACAUUUCUGCUUGGCUUUUUUUUCACUCUUCUGCUUUUAGUAUCAGUCUAAAGCAGCAUGCAGUUUUUUUGGUUUGUUUUUUUCUCCUCUAAAAAUUGGCACUUUAUUGCAAGGAGUCCACUCUUGGCUAACUUCUUUCUUCCCACAGUGAAAUUCUUUGGUAUCAUUUGUGGCAAAGCUUUAUGCUGGAGUGGCUCACAGCUAUAGUGUUUUAAAGAGAAGAUAUGAAAUGUUCAGUUUCUGUUCAUUUCCUUGUUCUUUUUACAGGAAGUACUUUACCUCUUGAUCAAGGAAACAUAAAACUGUGACAACUUUUUAUGUAAUUUUUCAUGUUAUUAUGGAAGCGUUUUUUUUUUUUUCUCCUACCUCUACACCACACUGACUCUUGGGUGCUUUAAUGAGUGAAGGCUGGGUUUUGUUUGGUUAGUAUGGCCUAUAGCUAUGGAUGAGAAAUAGGACACUGACUGACAGAUGAUGUGUGAAAGUGAGGGAAAGAACUUCUGAAGAACCUUUGAAGCUGUGUGUUCACACCAUGACUUUGUAGCUUGUGUUGCUUCUAAUGUUAGCAGUGAAGCGCGCUGUAGUAUGUUUUGGUCGCUGAACUUGAGAUCUGUAUUUUUUGUGCGCAUUUCUGUGUAAUGCAUGCUCAGCACUGUGGACACCUAGUGUACUAGCAACAGUGAGCAUUUGGUCAGAGUACGAUUUUGGAGCUUAAACAUUUGACCUGGUAAUAUUAGUAUUGCAGCUGCCUUUUGAAAGGAAUUAUCUAAGUAUUUGAUACUGAAUCUCAGUUUUUUUUUUUCAAAUCUAGAAAAUGCUGUCAUAGACCAGAGCAGGUUUACAACAGCAAUGACUUAGUAUUUUUCACAUUUGCUAGAUUUGCUUCCAUUUUCUUGCCAAUGUUUGUUUUCUCUGGUAAAUGAUGGCAUUCCAUAGAUGCAAAAUUGAGAUUUGCCAAAUUGUUUGACAGCGUGUUAAAGAGUUAAAGAAACACUUUAAAAAUGUUUGAUCUUUAGUUAAAUAACACCUUUUACAGUUUGGUGCAAGUGCACUACAUUUGAUACUUUGGCAGUAAAUCUUUUUUUUUUUCAGCUCUGCUGUUGUAAUCUGUUUACUGUAGCUUAGGGUGAAGCCAUCACCUCAAACCGAUUCCUCUCAGCCUUUCUAUAGAAAGUUGCUCUUUUACACUGAACUGAGACCGGUUUGCAGUUUCGCUAUGACUAAGGUCAUAGAGCUGGUUCCUCAGACCCAGAUUAAGCCUAAGCCUACACAAAAAAGUGCAGUUUAGAACCACAGCCAGGCUUAAUCCAUGUCCAGGAAAUCAGACCAUAGUGUUUAAGUGUUGGAUUAAGAGGAGCUGAUCCUCCAUCAGCCUAGUCUAAGUCAAGACUCUGCAAAUUUCUGUAGAGUCCUUAUGACACCCAUGCAGAAGCUUAAGGCCAGGGGUGCUCAUAUUUUCUAUAUAGUUGUUCUGGAUGCAAAAGCUACAGUGUAGAGUUAAUGGGAGCGGAGCUACUGAGGUGACGGUUGGAGUGACCCACUCCUAUAAUACUAACAGAGUUGUGCAGAUUGAGUCACGUUUUUUUUAUGUGUUCACUAAGAGUUUCUGGUGUUUCAGUUUUUUGUCACUUAGACAGACAGACCGCUUUAUCAUAGGCUUAGAAAGGAAAGAUAUUGUCGCUGUUGUAUCAGAACAUCCUAACUCCAUUUUGCUCCAUUUCUUUAUUACAGCUUUUAAAAACACCAGCUGCCCUGCACAUUGUGUGACAAUUACAUGACAAAUAGUCUAAUAGAAAUAGCCCCUAAUUACUUGCUGUAAAAUCCCACUACAUUAGGAUUUUUUUUUCUUCGCUCUCCUAGAAA